CUCAAGGGGGAGGAGCCAAGAUGGUGGACAGGCAGCAAAGGCUGUAAAGAGCUCCUCCAAAAGUUGAUGGUACAAGUAUUGAUGCCUUAAUGUCCCAUGAAAAGCUGAGAUGAAGACAAACAGAAAGCAAAGCAAUUGAGCUUCAUGAGCUAUCACCGGUCUGUUAUACUAUAAAUCUUUCAACAAAUGCCAAGGAAGAGCAAAUGUAGGGUAUGAAAUAGGAAUCAGCAAAGUCUUGAAACAAUAAAAGAGAGAGUUUUUGCCAUGCAAAUUAUUCCAGUGGUGCAAGGCUACUUACUCAGAGAGUGUUUCUCAACCUUGACUACUUUACAAUGUGUAGACUUCAACUCUCAGAAUUCCCCAAGCUAACUGGUCUAAGAUACUGAAAACUAUUACUAUUUUACUACUGAAAUUAUGCAUGUUUUCCUCCUACAUUAAGAAAAAGGCCACAAUUAUGACUUCAGCCAAAACUCCGAGUGACAAUCAAGACCAAGCAGGACCUUUUAGAAGUAGUAGCUAGCCAACUCCCCAUCAGAUAUUUUACAAUGGACAGAGAGGUGGCAUUCUUGGUGGGAGAUUGUGGCACAGUGCAAGUGCAACUGGGGCUGUACAACACAGAAGCAUAGAAUGAUGCUAUUAUUUGGCAGCAGUAGAUGGGGAGAAGUUGUCCUGGAACACUAGGCAGUAUUACGUGACCUCUUCAAUAUUGAACGUAAAUGUCAUAACUUGAUAAGCAGUUUGAGGUAAAAUAAACUACAUCUCUUAUUUUAAAAUGAGGUUGAUAACACAAAAUGACAUUGCUUCAUGCCCUUUAGAUGCUUCAAAAGAGUUCAGUAAGGAUUGGUUGCAAUUGCCUUGGUGGGGGAGAUGUAAUUUCAGAGUCGAAACAUAAACUCAUGUCCAGAUUUGUCCUAUUAAUGGCCACAUUUUGGACUAACUCACAGAGCUGUUAAUAUAACUUGUAGACUGUAUAUUAAAAAUGCACAGGUUCUUCAUGUCUAAAUCUUGUCUACGUCAAUGAAGACCUCAAGAACUCUAAAUCUUGUCUACAUCAAUGAAGACCUCAAGUACAUUUUGAGAAUGUACUGUAGACAAACUAAAAAUUAUUAUGCAACACUAGAAAAAGAAAACAGCAUUGGAUUUGUUGAUUUCUGUUGUGAUUUGAACUAUUUUUUUAUUUUUGACAAAGGGACAAAAAAGGUGACUUUCAAAUAGAAUCAACAAUGUUUCACAGUUGUCCUACUUUGUAAUAUAUAAACCUUUAGGACAAAAGUGUCUCUAAUUGGGUUCAACAGACAGACAUAAAUUACUCACAGACACCCCCCCACCCAUUUUCAUUAUUCCGCUCUGCAUCAACAAGCAUAAAAACAAAUGUCACAAGAGAAUGAGAACCUUCAGGGAAAUUUUAAAUCAGAGUUUAAAUAAAUGGAGCCCUUAUCCACUCAGCAAUCUCUGCAAUGCUGUCACUAUUUCAUUCCCAAGUAAGCUGUAUAUUCUGAGAACAGUGUUAACAGAAAGAGGUCUUGGAAAUUUUGGCUAGAAGCUCUAGCUUACAGAUUACCUGUGUGGGUCCCUCAGAACACAGAAAUGGAUGCAUUGAAAUUAUAAUUAUUUCUUCUCCCACUGGAAGCAAUAGAAGAAAUUCAGGGGGGAAAAUCCUAUUAAAGAUAAGUAUUGGAAAAAGUAACUUCCUAUUCUUUCUGAUAAUAAUUUAGGAAGUCUUGGUUCCUAUCAAACAGUCAAUAUAUUUGGAAAAACCAUCAUACCCAAAGUUCUGGUAUUCUUUCGAAAAUAGGGGAAGACAUUUCUAUGUGGAAUCACACACGGGUCUCCAACUUCAUUCUCCUGGGCAUCACAGAUCAAAAGGAGCUACAAUUGCCUCUCUUUGUGUUGUUUCUACUGAUAUAUAUUAUUACCCUGAUGGGGAAUCUAGGAAUGAUCUUCCUAAUCAAAACAGAUUCUCGACUCCACAUUCCCAUGUAUUUUUUUCUCGGUAAUUUGGCAUUUGUAGAUGUCAACUAUUCUUCAAGCAUUAUACCCAAUAUGUUGGUGUUUCUCUUAACAGAAAGGAAAAAUAUUGGAUUCUUUGCAUGCGCCACUCAAAUGUUUGUGUUUGUUAUAUGUGGAAGCACUGAAUGUCUUCUUCUGGCUGUGAUGGCCUUUGAUCGGUAUGUGGCUAUUUGUCACCCUCUGCGUUAUUCAGUGAUCAUGUCAGGAAAAAUCUGUGUCUGGUUGGCAGUUAUUUCAUAUUUCCUUGGCAUUUUCUAUGCAGUUUUACACACCACACUCAGUUUUUCUUUAUCCUUUUGUGGAUCAAACGUGAUCAAUCAUUACUAUUGUGAUAUCCCCCCACUCUUGAAGCUUUCUUGCUCUGAUACUCACAUCAAUGAGACUGUAAUAUUUGCACAAGUGAGUAUAAACGGUGUAAGCACUACAGUAACUAUUUUGUUCUCCUAUGCCUCUAUCUUAAUCACCAUUUUAAAGAUCCGUUCUACACAGAGCAGACGCAAGGCCUUUUCUACCUGUUCUUCUCACCUGAUUGUUGUCAGCUUAUUCUAUGGGACGAUCUUCUUUAUGUAUUUACGGCCCAGCUCCACAUAUUUCUUGGAACAAGACAAAGUGGCAUCUUUGUUCUACACAGUGGUAAUUCCCAUGCUGAAUCCUCUCAUUUACAGCCUGAGGAACAAAGAAGUGAAGGAGGCAUUUUGGAGAAUGUUUAGGAAGACAGUCUAAUGGUGGAGAACAGUUGUGGACAGCCAUUUGUCCAAAAUGGUUUAGGGUUUCCUGCCUGAGCAGGGGGUUGGACUAGAUGACCUCCAAGGUCCCUUCUAACUUUACUGCUGCUGCUGCUACUACUACUACUACUACUACUACUACUACUACUACUACUAUUAUUAUUAUUAUUAUUAUCAUCAUUAUUAUUAUUAUUAUCUGUUUCCACAGAGGCUGAAGCUGUGGUCACCAGACAACAUUAAGUUCAUAUUAGUGAUAUCUGGGAAAGUAGAACUAGUCAUUAUAGUCCCUCUCAAAAGUAUGUUCAAGUACAGCAACAACAGUUAACCUUUGUAGCAAUCUCUUUUUGUGUAUAUAAAGGACAAUCACAAAGUCUGAUGCAAUUUUUAAAAAUUUACAUCCUGCCAGAAUAGCAUUCUAUAUUGGUGAUAGAGAAACAACUACAGCUGAUAAUGAAGUGCAGAUUCUAGCAUUGCCUCUGAUAUUCCUUUGUCUCCAGGUUUUCAUAGUUCAACAUUAUCUGAAUGUUAAUAUUAUUAUACCCCACUGGUCUCUGUAACCUAUAGAAAUGAAAUCUCCAGUCUUACCUGUUUCUAUGCUAUACAGGAAUUGCUCAGAAUGAAAUACACUAACAACAUGCCAGUUCCAUGUCAAAAUUGUGCUAGUAUUAUAGUCCAGAGUGUUUCUCAAUAUUAUAAAGGAUAAUGCAGUGUUGACAAUUUGCAGAAUAUAAGGAUUUAUUUGAAAAAAGAAAUUGUUACUUCUAUGAUAGAUCAAUAAAAUAUUUGUUUGUUUGUU